GAUGUGCUUUUGGAAAGUAUUGUGAAUCCACGAAAUUUGAUGCCGGCUCAAACUAGUACAGGUGACAGUUUGACCUUGCCAACUUUAUCUCUUGAAACGGACAAAAAUAACAACAGUAGUGACAACUAUGUCCCCAAUAUUCCAGCCCCACCUUUAUUAGCCACUCACAAACGAAUCCAGCAACUCAAAUGUGCACGACAAACAUUGGAAAAAGUGCGUAGUCUGUAUAUGAGUGCUAUGACUAUACCCAGCAUCAUGCAUUUCCCUCCUCAUUUAAUUGCUUAUCAACUUACUCUCAUUGAAUCUUCUAUUUUCUGCGCCAUUCCUCGAGAAGCACUCUUGACGCAUUCCUCUCGUACACCACACAAAAAGAUUGUCGCCUCUACUGAUUUUUUCAACUACACUACACGUUUUAUCGAACAUUCCAUUUUAUUGCCUCAAGAAGCGUACCGGCGCGCCGAAAUCAUCCACCGCUGGAUCAAAAUCGCAACGAAACUCUACCUGCUUCACAAUUAUCAAACGCUAAAGGCGGUUGUGUCAGCUUUGGGCACACCGCCCAUCAAACGGCUCAGACGCACAUGGGACUGUAUACCGAAGAAAAAAAUGGCAAAGUUGGAGAUGUUGAGUCAUUUGAUGUCUGAAACAGAUAAUUAUCAAAAGUAUCGCGAGCAUAUUCAGGUAGAACAGAACACUUGCUCUUGGACAAAACCAAUCGUCCCUUUUUUGGGCGUCUUCAUCCAUGAUGUGACCUAUCUUUAUGCAGCAAAUCGUCGUGUGUUAGAGGUCCUUCAUCAAAUUCAAAUGUUUCAAAAGGCUCCAAAAUAUCCACCCUACCCUAUCAUUGACGAAAACAACCAUUCUGUCACUCUACCUAGAGGAAGAAAGAAAAAGAAUUUAUUCCGUCCCAUAGACGCUUUACAUUUUGUAGGUGGCAAUUCCUCCCGGAAGGAUCACAACAACAACGGUAGCACUAUUUUCGGAGCAGCAACGGCAGCACUUAUGCUAGGAGACGAAGAAAGAAUGGAACCACAACAAGAAGUAGAAGUUGAGCAACAGCUGAUCACGCAGUAUUUACUGAUGCGUCCAUGGGUAAACGAAAAGACGAUCGAUGCCCUGAGCAAUUUGAGAGAGCCCAUGAAUAAACCCAGGUCUAGUUCCUCCCCCACAACAGUAACAACAGCAGCAGCAGCAGUAAAUGCCAGUGGUCGUUAUAACAGCUCAAGAGGUUUUUGGCCAUUUAGAAAAAGCAAUGAUAUGAGUCGGCAACUCUAUGUUGAACCAGCAUCUGGUAGUGGUCGCGAUUUUGCAAUAACCAACUCUUGGAGUGAAGUGGACGAUGACGAUGACGAUGACGAUGAGGAUUCCGAAGAUAAAGAAUAUAAGGACACACUAGACGAACCAAUGACGACCCCAUCCAUUUCUCGGAAUGACAACAGUGGAAGCUUAAACAUGCGAUUACGAUUUCCUUCCGUAGCAAGCAGCAAUAACCGGAACAGCAGCAACAUUCACACUAAGGGACAUAGUAGAUCUUUUUCAUUGCCUGCAUAA